UAUAGCUUGUUUUGACCCAUCAAGUUUUAUGGUAGAGGAAGUGAGCACACAAGGUUCUAUCAGAAUGAACCCCAACCUCACUGUACAUAUUGAACAUCUGAUGGCUUGAGUGCAAGUACUCGGAUGGUCAUAUACCUAUUCCUCACACAGUCUCUACUUAUACACGGGCAAAGAGUAUACCCUGGAUGAGACAAGAUCUGGUCUCCCUGAAGUGUGCUCCUAUGGAGCCCUUACCAUCGGGUACCACAUCCAAUGGGCUUCCUUCGUACACUUUCUAAAAUGAGCUCAUGUAGGUCAUCUUUUCACCAGUCCCUCCGCAAUCUCAGUGUGGGAUUCUAGCUAUCUGUGUAUGCAACAGUCCUUCCACCAUCUCAGCGUAGGAUCUGUGUAUGGAGGAUUAUAUUUGUCCUCGCUGCCAAUCAGGAUUCAUUGAAGAAUUAAACCAAACAUCUGCACCACAAGAGAAUGAAGACUCUGAAGAUGUAGAUCCAACUGCUCAGUUUACAGAGUUCUGGAGUGCUGGUUCACUGUUAGACACAUUGAGAAGACUUGAUCAUGAGCUCAGCAGGGAAGAAACAUCCAGAGACAAUCAGCAAAAUGGCUCUGGAGUAGAGAAUCCCUCCUCAAGCUCCUUGACAGAUUCUGCAAAUUCUCAUAUGAAUGGAGGAUCACAAAGUCAACAACCUAACUGGAGGAGAGUGAGAUCCCAAAAUAGACAAAAUGCUCAAAAUUAUCAUCAACCUCUUGAAGGAAUAAUUCACCAGAUAUUUUCCAACUUAACUGGAGGUACAGGUUUUUUUUCAAAUGGAGGAUUUCCCAUUAUUCUAAAUCUUCAUGGAAACCCAGGGGACUAUGCUUGGGGAAGAGGAGGCCUUGACUCAAUUGUUACACAACUUUUAAAUCAGUUGGAAGCCACAGGACCACCACCCCUGUCAAAAGAGAAAAUUUCUAAAAUUCCAAUAGUACACAUAGAACAAGAUCAAGUUGAUCAUAAUUUGCAAUGUAGUGUUUGUAUGGAAGACUUCAAUACAGGAGAAGCUGUGAAAAAAUUAUCAUGUCAACACCACUAUCACAAUGACUGCAUUAUUCCCUGGCUAGAAUUGCAUGCUACAUGCCCCAUUUGUCGAAAGAUUUUGAAUGAAGAAAUUGCACAAGGGAGCUGUGGAAAUGAAUCAUAUUCUUCUUCAAGCAGUACAUCUAGCACCAUACAUGGAAGCAGCAGCAGCCAGAAUGGAGAACCCUUAAUCCCAACCAGUCAUAAUUCCACAGACAACCAAGAUUCUGCUGUUAAUCACUUAAAUCAGAAUCAAAGACCUUCUCUGGAUUACAUUAAUGUGGAUCAGGGAUCUUCACAGCAUGAGGGCCAGUGUUCAUCUGUUUAUGAUUUUAUCGAAGAUUUAGAUUUUGACUGACCAAAUGCGUGAAUCGUUUUUCCUGUUAUAGAAGAUUCUUCCAUUAAUUGGCUGCUGUGUACAUAGGUGUAUGUGUUUGUACAUUGGAUUUUUUUUCUUUCAGAGACUGUUAAAUAAAUUCUGUUAUUGAUAAAUAUAUUGGCAACUAAGUAGUAGAACAUGAAAUAAUACAUCAGCAUUUUAAGUCUUUUCUGUACAACUUUGUUUUCUUUCCCUCAAAACAAAAAUGGAAAAGGAUUAUGAAAUAAAUCAGCUUUCAGUCUUAAAA